AUAAAACUAGAAUUGAAAUUUUGUUGAGCUGUUCAGCGGCUUCAAAAUGACCAAGGCAUUCUUUUGUAGUGAGGAGAUGGAGCUGUGCCAGCUUCUUCUACAUGUGGACAACGCCUUCAAUUGCCUUGUAGAGUUGGCCCACAAUGGCGGGCUGCAGUUUAAUAAUGUAUACGAUGAGGAUCGCAUUCUGAAUGGCCUCUAUACGAGGCGUGUCCAAUUGUGCUAUGAACUGUUGCGCAUUGUCGAAUAUCUGGAGGAACAGCUGAUCAGCUUGUCGAUUAAAGAGGUAUACUAUAACGAUGUCGAUACCGAGAAUCGUCCACGAGAGUCCUAUAUACCACAAUACGAGACGCAUCUGCGUCGCAUACAUAAGGAGGUCAUUUCCGUUAUGGAGCACUACCAAACCCUGCAGAAGCGUCAAAACUAUAUGAAGGAGAAACGUUUCGCAUUGGAGAAGGCUCAAAAGAUUCUCUCCUCGGAUGGGACCCAUGGCGCUCAGUUGCUAUACUCCGAGAGCAUUAUUGUCAAGCUGCUGAAGGAUCAGUCUGAUAAAAACCCAGACAGCUCACAACUCAACUACAUACUGGGCAGCAUCAACGUGGAGAUGUUUCCAGCCUUUGAGCUAAUGAUAUACAGGCUAUUUGGUCGCAAUCUUUUGAUACGUCACGCCGAGAUGCCAAUGAAAAUGAUGGAGUAUGUGGGUCAACAGUAUAAUUUGGUGCACAAAUUCGUCAUACUUCUAAUGACCAUCUCGCAGAGCUAUCGUCCCAAGUUGUUGAAAUGCUGUCAGGCAUUUCAUGUGACAAUUUUCGAGUGCCCAGAGAGGCCCAGCCAGCGCAUGGAGAUGAUCAAACAGCUGGGUCAGGACAUUCACGAUUUAGAUUUGGUGCUAAAUGAGACGCGAGCUGUACGCAAACGCAUCCUGCUCUUCGCAGCCACCGAUCUGUAUAUAAUGCGCAUCAAUUUGCACAAAUCAUUGAAGAUCUAUGAUCUGCUCAAUCGCCUGAAUCAGUUGGGUGGGCAGGACCAUCAGAAAUACUUGCAGGCAGAAUGCUUUGUGCCCAAGACACAGAUUGAUCAGGUGCGUGACGCACUCAAUCUUGCUACUGAGAAGGAUACCGCACCGCCCAUUCUGCUGAAGCGCAGUCGAAAGUUGCGACACAUGCCACCCACAUACUUUCGGUUGAAUAAGUUCACGCAGGGAUUUCAGAAUCUCAUCGAUUCAUACGGCAUGGCUGACUAUAGGGAACUGAAUCCGGCACCGUAUACAAUCAUAACAUUCCCAUUUUUAUUUGCCAUCAUGUUCGGUGAUUUUGGACAUGGCCUGAUUCUCACAUUUUUUGCUUGCGUCCUCAUCUUCCAGGAGAAACGAAUCGAGAAUAUGAAUCGCUCGAAUGUGAGUGAGAAUGAGAUACUCAAUAUAUUAUAUGCCGGUAGAUAUAUCAUACUCCUAAUGGGAAUAUUUUCUAUUUAUAUUGGCAUUAUCUACAAUGAUGUCGUAUCAGUGGCAGUGAAUAUGUUUGGAUCCAGUUGGUCGGCCGUCUACAAUGAGACGACUAUUCUCACAUUGACCUCCAGCCUAGGUUUGAACCCAAAUGAUCCGAAAUUUUAUUCCGGUCAUCCUUACCCACUUGGCGUGGAUCCUAUAUGGAAAAUCAGUGGCGAAGAUUCCAUAACUACCUUCAACUCACUCAAAAUGAAACUGGCUAUCAUAUUGGGUAUUAUACAUAUGAUGUUCGGCCUAGUGCUGUCAGCCAUCAAUUGCAUACAUCUGGGUCACACAGCGGAUUUGUUUCUGGUGGUGAUUCCACAAUUCAUCUUCAUGAUCUGCCUGUUCUGUUAUCUUGUCUUUCUCAUAUUUUAUAAAUGGAUAUUUUAUGGCGGCUUGAAGGAGUCACCGCAAAACUCUGCCUGUGCUCCGUCCGUGUUGAUUAUCUUCAUCGACAUGAUGCUGAUGAAGAAUUCCGAAAUAACUAUAAAUGAAUGUAAUGUCGAGAUGUUUCCAUUCGAGCGUACUCUCGAAUAUAUUCUGGUCAUGGUAGCCUUUGCUGCUGUGCCCAUUCUUUUGGCUGGAAAGCCGAUAUAUUUGACGCGUCGUCAGAAGCAACUAACCAAGGAGCGCGAGCAACGGGAUACAGACGAUUUGAAGAAGAGCGGACGAGACACUAUACUGGAGAUGCGAUCCUCGCUGCGCUACUCUGUCGAAUUCCAGGACGUUGGGCAAGAUAGAUCGGGCUCGGGACCCAAGCUACAAACAGUCGAAGAUGCUGUAGAGUUCGAUAUGACCGAGAUCUGGAUACAUUCAGGUAUCCACACAAUUGAGAGCGUUUUGGGAUCUGUAUCACACACCGCUUCAUAUUUGCGUCUUUGGGCAUUGUCGCUGGCCCACAGCCAGCUGUCCGAUGUCUUAUGGAAUAUGAUCCUAGAGAAGGGUCUCGUAAAUAAUUUACCUAUCUAUAUGGGAGCGCCGGUACUGAUGGUAGCCUUCUUUAUUUGGGCCAUACUCACUGUUGCUAUUCUGGUAAUGAUGGAGGGUCUGUCGGCUUUUUUGCAUACUCUGCGUCUGCACUGGGUUGAGUUUCAAUCAAAGUUUUUCAACGGCGCUGGAGAACCCUUUCGACCUUUAUAUUUUCCACCAUCCACCAUACGCGGCUAGCUUGGAGGUGGAAUUGUUGAAAAUUGAUUAUAUGUUAUAUAAUAUAUUUGUUAAUAAUAAACUGACUAAGGACGAUUUAUUUCUUCUCA